AUGGAGAUGAUGAGGAGUUGGAUGCUGCUUGGUAUUGAGGUUAGGAGGUAUGCGCCUUCGUUCGGUGAGGCCCAGAUUUACGGUGUGUCUGGAGGGUCUCACCGAGCUGGAAAAUUUUCGGCAAAAUAUGCCACCGUUCCCAAUUCCUGGACAUACACCCAAAUUUUUGAUGUACAACCCUCCGUGGCGUGUGUUGAGGCUUGA